UAUCGGACUGACCUCCGGAAGUUGAUGAUGACCUUGGCAACUUUCAUGUUACGGGACGCCAAUGUCACACUAGACGAGGCAACAAAGGCCGAGAGACUCAACACGUUCAUCGACGACGCCUACUACGUGGAGUCCAUGUUGGCCAAUAUAACACUCAAUAGUCAACCCUCAUAUAACCCACAUGCCGAAGAGGAGCGCGAGACAUUGCGAGACUUUGACACUGUUACAGGAAAUGCUAUCGACUUCACCACUAUUCUGACGAGCAUGUUUUCGGAGGCUGGCCUGAGGGAGAACAGCAAGGUGGUGCUGUACGAGAAGGACUACUUGAUCCAGAUGUCUACCCUGGUGGGGAAUCUAGGUCCCAACAGUACCAGGAUCCUGAGUAACUACCUGCUGGACGCAGCCAUGUACAAACUCGGCUACCCAGAUUUCCUGUUGAAUGACAGCGAGAUGGACUCAAUGUACUCCACGCUGAAAGUAGAUAAGGACGACUACUUUACGAAUGUUCUGAGUAUGAACCAGUUUAUAAGAGUUCAGUGGAACAACAGACUAUCGAAGGGACAGGAUAAAUCGGAGUGGUACUACAAGAGUUACGCCACCUUAAUCUCGUUCUACAAUAGCUGGAACGAGCUCAUCGUACCGGCCGGACUUCUACAGUUCCCCUUUUACGACUAUACUCUCCCGCACUUUAUGAACUUCGGAACAAUGGGCAGCACCGUUGGACAUUACAUCGUGCAUUCCAUAGACGAGUGGGGUGCCUACUUCCAGAAAGAUGGAUCCAUUGAAAACUGGUGGAGUAACGCCACCAAAUCUAAGUGGAAAGAAGCGAAGGAGUGUGUGGGCGACUACUACUCCACCAAGACCAUGGGGCCAUUCACUGUCCCAGGGGACCCCGAACCUGUCACUGUGCCCGUGAAAGGAAAGUACUACGGCAGUGAGGGAAUAGCUGAGGCAAGCGGGGUCAAAGUAGCUUAUAAGGCUUACCGUAACUGGGUGAAAACGAAUGGAGCUGAGAAAGAAGCCCCUGGCUUAGAUCUGUCAAACGAACAAAUGUUUUUCGUUGCAUUCGCACAGACGAUGUGUUACAGUAGAAACGACAACACGGCUUAUAACUUUGCUAUUCGGGGAACAGUCACAGAAAACAUCAGAACUAACGUCAUAUUGUCACAGCUACCAGAAUUCGUGGAUGCCUUCAACUGCCCAGUGAAAUCUCCCAUGAACGCAGAAAAGAAAUGCAGUUAUUUUUAAAUGUUAAUUAACAGUACCAACCUACCGUAUGACUGAGGAUGAGUGUGAUUUAUGUUAGGGAUUUUAUGUCGGAUUAGAAUUCGGUCAGUGUUUAAAGGUAGGAUAGAAAUAUAUGUAAUUCAGUAAAAGAUGGAUAUCGAUAUAAUGGUGAUACAAAAAGAAAAGAGAUAAUUGCAGUAAACACACGUAUUGAUUCUUUUAUACUUUCAUUGUAAGUAUUUUGUAUAUCGAACCAUCAUCACCUCAUAUUUAAUCAGAAUGCCGAAAGAAUAGAUAAUGUACAAGGUACUGUUAGGUAAUACUAUUUUCACGCUUUCUGGCCGCUAAUUGGAAAGCGUAGAUUUGUGAUUAGCUCACCAGGAAUACCCAUUGACGUAGGGGUGUCUGUACGUGUUAAUUGUAUAAAUAUUGAUAUAUUCGUCCUCUUUCUAUCUAACAAGAAUUCUUCUAUGCCUUUAUGGGGACAACAACGGGUACAAGUAGAGUAGACAAUAAUACAACUCAAGUAUGUUAAUCCAAGUGAUUGUAAUUCCAUGUAUAUUUUUGAUUCUAAGCUCAACUUGUUUAUGAGGAAAUCAGACAUUAACACGUGCACAUUUUUGUUCCAUAAACCCCUACAACGUGAUACUCUGUUUCCUACUGGCUAUGGAUUGUAGCUUUUGUUCAUUCCAUGAAUGUUCCUUCCGCCAAUCAUUCACGUUUAACUAUUCACCCAUUUUACAUUACGAUACUUUGUAUAUUCAUACAAUAAAUGUUUUAAUUAAUCAAGGAGUACACUAUUCAUACAACCAGCUAUAUACAUACGAGUAAUAUAUUGGUAUAAGUCUGUAAACUAUUGGUGUACGUAUCGAGCAAUGAUUGGGAUGUUUCAUCCAUUUCCAUGACAUUUGUAAUGACAUGGUUAGUUAAGAGGGGUAUCAGCUGCGCUAUAUCUUACAUAUACCAUUGGAUAAUAAAAGACAUUAAAUAAAAUGUA